AUGGACGGGAUUGAAGAACAAUCUUCGAGCACCCAGUCUUCUCAACAGCACUUCGAACAUACCAGCAACAUCCGCCGUUCCUCUCGGCUCUCUAUCAGCACUACCGCUGCCGAUCUUCAAUCCGCCCAGUCAGCCCCUCCCGGUGCCAAGGGCAAGAAGAAGGUUACCAUUGACCAAUCGUCCUCGGGCUCCAAAAGCCGAGAUCCUCCCGCUACUGCCUCUCACUCAUCUACCGCUUCCGGCGCCAGCCAGAAUCUAGACCCCAAAGGAAAAAAACGUGCUACUAGCUCAACCGCCUCGCUUUCGACAGACAUCCCGCCACCUGCCGCAAAGAAAUCCAAGCGCAACUCGGUGUCUUCCGUCGGCUCUUCCUCCUCCAAGCGAUACGAUCUAAGGACAAAGUCCGAGGCACAAUCAGCCGAGUCUUCUACUGCAAAAGGUACAGGAAAGGGCAAGAAGAUGGCUCCAAAGACAAACCCCAAAAAGGCCGGUGCAUCGAAUGACAGAUCCAAGAAGGGUGACACUUCCGCCCGACACUUGAUUGGUGUCGACUACGACGAAGACGACUCCAUGUGGGUGGACGAGGACCCUGAAGAGGGAGACGCGACCAUGGACGAUGAGGAGAUGAUGAGGGAUGACUAUGACCACGAUGAUGACGAAGAUGAUGAUGAAGACGACGAUGAGGAGAACGAGGGAGGGGGGAUCAACUUUGACGAAGCGACAGCAGCCCUGUUCGGUCCCGGCUUCCGAGUCUUUGGCGGAGGUGCCAUCGGCGGUGGUCUGUCCAAGCGACUCCAACGACUGAAGAAGAAACUUCGCUCAAAGAAGAUUGCAACUCGCCUUGCUUCGCUCCGAGAGUGCAGCGAACUCCUUUUGGUCAGCAACGAAGACACCCUUGGCGGCGUCUUCUCUCCAGGGGGCUUUGCGGCCGAAUUCAUCGCUAUUCUCAAGGGCGAACCGAAUGUCGAAGAAGGCGAGAGCGAUGAGGAAGAGUCAAACUACGACGAGAUGGACGAGGACGCUCAGCUUGCUGCCGCUCUUGCUCUCAGCUCGGGUGGCGAGGCCCCUGAGGCUGGUCUUGGCGGUGAAGAGGAUGAGCUAGAGUGUCAGCUUGUUGCUUGCAGAUGCUUGGCGCAUAUGAUGGAGGCUUUACAUGGGUGCGGGCAUACACUGGUACAUCAUGGUGCCGUACCCGUGCUCUGCUCCAAGUUGCAAGAGAUAUCUUACAUUGAGCUGGCUGAGCAAACACUUAGUACCCUCGAAAAGAUCUCCGCCGAGUACCCCUCCGCCAUCGUCCGCCAAAAUGGCCUCGGUGCCCUCCUCAAUUUCCUCCCCUUCUUUUCCACCAACGUUCAGCGGACUGCCGUUACCGCCGCCGCCAACUGCUGUCGUAACAUCUCCCCAGAACAUUAUGACAAGAUCAAAGCGGUCUUCCCCACUCUUCGAGACACCCUGAGCUCGGGCGAACCGCGUUUGGUGGAGCAGGCCACUUUAGCCAUCCUCCGUACGAUUGAGUCUUACCGACACAAUUCUGGGCAUCUGGAAGGUCUUUUAGACCAUGACACCAUGGCUGCUGUCAACAUCCUUCUUAUGCCAUCCGCCGGUUCUCCCCUCAUUACGCCUCCCACCUACACUCAUCUACUCAAGUCGCUCACUACCUCUGCUCGGGGAUCUGCCAGGGUCGCAAUCGGAUUGCUGGAAGCUGGGAUGACCAGCACCAUCUAUCAAAUCCUCACCGGAGUCUUGCCUCCAUCCCACGACGAAGACGAGCAAGGCGGAUCCUCUGGUGGUCAAGGCCUUGCUGGCGGUGUAGCCGACAUGGCCAUCUUGCAAAACCUUGCGCACAGGCCCAAGGAGCAGGUUGAGGAAGCUUUGGCACUCAUUUGCGAGCUUUUGCCUCCUGUACCCAGAGAUGGCGUCUUUGAUCCGAGAAUGUACAGUGAGAAGAACCUGUACAAGGUCAAGAAGGGUAGAAAGAUUGAGAGCAGCGCCGAUAGGGUUCGAAGGAGCACCAGAGUGGCGGAAGCCGUGUCUGGUUCCAACUCGGCAUCCAACUCUGCCGGUCCCAGCACCCCUGCCGCACCAGGCGAACCUACUUCUGCCACUCCGAUCGGAAACACUGGGGACGUCCUUGCCAACCUGUCCGCCAGUCGGGAGGCUGCCGUUCACAAGGCAAAGAAGGAGCUCGAAGCGCAGAUGCAGCUCCGAUACGAACUGUGCAAAAGCAAUACCGAUUUGAUCAGCAGCUUUAUCAAGACGGUGGUGCCUGUUCUUGUGGAUGUCUAUGCUGCCUCGGUGGUAUUGAGGGUGAGGACCAAGGUUCUGGUUGGACUACUCAAAGCUAUCUCGUUCGCUCCCAAGGACCAACUCCGAGCAACACUUCGAUGUGUGCCCAUGGCAAGCUUCCUCUGUGCCAUCAUCUCGUCCAAAGACAACGACGCAUUUGUGCUUCACGCCCUCCAAAUCGUGGAGCUGCUUGUUAUCAAGCUUCCUGAUGUCUAUCAGGUCUCGUUCUUGAGAGAAGGUGUGGUGUUCGAGAUUGAUCGGCUAGCUCAAGAGGAGAUGAGCAAAGAAAAAGCAGCGAAGCUAGCUGCGGAGAAAGAGACAGUCAACCCAGAGGAGGCCGCCGACGCUGUUCAGCCCAAUCCACUGCUUCUGGCAUCCAACCCCUCCACACCCGCAUCAAAGAAGCAUUCCGCAGCUUUGGACCCCCGAGACUCUAAUAUCGUUCGAGCUCGUAUGCUCAUCGCGAGAAAGGUGUUUGACGCGGGCGGAGAAAACCAGCUCGCCGCUUCCAAGGUGUUGAGUGACAUCAACGGCAUGGUGAAGAAGCUCUGCCUACCCGAAACCACCGAACCCGAGCUGAGAGAAACUCUGAGGUCUAUUGCUUCACAGUUCUCUCGCAUCGACCAAGGCUUAUCCAGCUUUGAGCUUCUUCAAAGCGGACUUGUGGAUGGUAUUUUGGAAUUUGUGGAGAUUACUGGUGAAGUGUCAUCUGCCGAUAGAAGAGCAAUGUUUUUCGAGAUAUUCUCCAACACCAGUGUUUCUUCACCUAAUCCCCUCACCAUCCUUGUCAAGCGACUCCACGAGUCGCUCGGUAGGCUGGAGAAUUUCGAGGUUGAGACUGCCUUCGGCGGCGGUGCCGAUCCCAUGCGACCAUCUAGCUCUGGUGUACACCGCACCUUGCGCGUGAGGCUCUGUGCCGAAGGUGACGACAUCCCCAAGAAUGUCAGUCAGCUCGUUAUCACCAUACAAGCUAUAGCCUCAGUCAAGGCUGUCCACGACUACCUGCGACCAAGGAUUGCGGACGGAAAUUUCGGUGGCGGUGGACUUUCCCAGAUGUUUGCGGCCUAUGCUGCCAACCGCGGUGGGGGCGGAAAUACUAGUGCUUCAAGACUUCUUGACGCUCUUAUGGGAGCUAGCAGGGCUGGCAGUGCCGCUGCAGGUGGUCCACGAUCUCUCGAGCAACCCCCCUCCGGCUCCCCCAAUCAAGCAACCGGCUCUGGCUUGAAGCUUCCCGAGAGAAGACGCAGCGCUCGACUGAAUCCUUCUUCCACUACAGAGGAAUCUGACGCUGGGGGUUCUGCCCCUGCUGCCGAGGAUAGUGUUGGCGCUGAAGAGGCUGAACACACUUCAACUGCAGCUACUGCCGUGCCGGCGCCUGUUGAGGGUGAGAGAGCAGGGUUGCCGUCACUUCCCAUCGGCAUGGACUUUGGUGAUGACGAUGAGGAUGACUAUUCUGAAGAAGAGUUUGAGGCACCGGUAAGCGCAAAGGAUCUAGUUCGCUUCCUACUCCUGCUAAUCAGCUCAGAUGGUUCACGUGUUGAGGCCAAGACUCCUCAAGGCACCCGUAUUGCCACCCCGCAGCAAAGUGUCCCCGCCUCUGCCUCUGCUGGCCCCGGUCCAUCCACCUCCACCACAAGUCGCGUGACCCCCUCUCGCGCCGCCUCUGGAUCCUACGCGGGCGCUCUUAAAACCGAACCUACCGAUUGGCAUCUCGAAUUCAGCCUCGAUGGCAAGAAACUCGACAUGGAAGACAUCGUCUAUGGCGCGGUAUUCCGAGAGAAACACUUGACCGGUUCCACUUCUACAGCGGACUUUAACACUGCCCCUACUAUUAAAUUCAGAAAGGUCGAAGGACCGGCGCCUGUCAAAGAGACCAAGGACCCUAGUAAUGUGGCCUCAUCUCCUGCGUCUGUUAUGAGCGCCCUUCCCGAGGAGCCUGCCGAGCCUACUACCCCUACGUGGAAGAUCCUCCAUCUCUUAAGGGUCGUCCAUGACCUUUCGGUGGAGGGGCGAGAGAACCUCGGUGAUGUCGAUGGUAUUCUUGUUGAAAACCUCUUUGUCAACAACAAAUUGACUGCCAAGUUGACCCGACAGCUGGAAGAGAUUCUCAUCAUUGCCAGCAAUUGUCUUCCCGAAUGGGCCACGAGUCUGCCCAAGCAUUUCUCCUUCCUUUUCCCCUUCGAUGCUCGUUACAACUUCCUCCAGCUCACCGCUUUCGGCUUCUCCCGACUCCUUCUCAAGGCCCAACAGGCGGGUGGCGGCCGUCAUCGAGAUGACCUUCCUAAUAUCGCCAACUUGCUUCGCCGAAAGGUGCGAAUCUCUCGAACUCAGCUUCUCGAGUCAUGUGCCAAGGUCAUGGAGAUGUACGCCACCUUCCCUGGUACUCUUGAAGUUGAAUACUUUGACGAGAUUGGUACCGGGCUUGGCCCAACACUGGAAUUCUACGCACUUGCUUCCACCGAAUUCGCUAGGCGAAAUCUGAAUAUCUGGAGAGACGAGGAUUCUAGCCUACCUGGUACCUACGUCCAUCACCCUCACGGCCUGUUCCCCUCGCCUCUUGCUGGCUUUGGCGAUGCUGUCGCGCCCAAACUCAGGUGGUUCAAGACACUCGGUCUUUUCAUUGGGCGAUCUAUGCUUGACAGUAGGAUCAUCGAUAUUGGGUUGAGCAAGAUCUUCUUCAAGCUCCUUCUGGGGCGACCGGUGAAGAAGAAUAUCACCACGCUCAAAGCUGUUGACCCUCAGCUGGCUCGAUCCUUGGAGAGGCUUCAAGCAUACUCUUCAGCUCGAAGAGAAAUCGAAGCUCUCCCACUCCCCGCUUCCUCUCGUCGUGCAAAGAUUGCAUCUUUGACUGUCGGUGGCGCCAAACUUGGUGAUCUUGCUCUCGACUUUACUCUACCUGGAUACAACAUUGAGCUAAAGUCUGGUGGCGCCCAUAUCGAGGUCGACGACGGCAGUUUGGAUGAGUAUUUGGAACUUGUCUUGGACUGGACUUUGGGCUCGGGUGUGGCUCAGCAGGUCAAAGCGUUCCAAGAAGGCUUCUCUGGAAUCUUCCCCAUCAAGAGUCUGAAAAUCUUCUCUCUUGAGGAACUCCAAUUGGUCUUUGGUAACGCCGACGAAGAUUGGUCUCGUGAAACUUUGGAGCAAUCCAUCAAGGCCGACCACGGAUACAACUCGGAAAGCAGGGCAGUGCAAAAUUUGAUUGAAGUGAUGACUUCCUACACGAAGGAGCAACGUCGACACUUUUUGCAAUUCAUGACUGGUGCUCCAAAGCUUCCCAUCGGUGGAUUCAGAGGCUUCACUCCACCCUUUACUGUCGUUCGGAAACCCCAUGAGCCGCCCUACAAGGCCGACGAUUAUCUUCCCAGUGUCAUGACUUGUGCUCUGUAUCUCAAGAUGCCCGACUAUUCCACCAAGGAGGUCUUGGCCACUCAAUUUGAUCGAGCCAUGCGAGACGGCAAGGGCUCUUUCCUGCUUUCAUAG